AUGUUUAAGAAUAUUGAGAAAAAAAGAAAAAGAACCAGAGUGGAUGAAGUUCCGGAAAGAGAGAAGAAAGAUAUAGUUUAUGCGGAAGAAAACCAACUUCAAAUGCUUUUGAAAGAAACUAGAGUCUUGACAAACACUCAGUCUGUAAGAGAACGAACACCUCUAUCUAGUAUUAUUUAUAGCAAUGCUAAUGAAGCCGAUGGAAAUUAUAGAACUAGUGAAACUAGUAAUUAUAUAAAUGAAACUAGUGAAAUUAAUCUUGAACAUAAUGAAGUAUGGAAAAUUAAUAUUGAGGAAAAUUCUCCAAUAAUCGAUAUACGCUCUGCACAACGUUUGUGUGCAACUACUGUAUAUCGACCUCCAACAUUUCCACAUCCAGCAUAUGCACAAUUUAUAGAAAUAGUGAUGAAAUAUCAUCUACCAAAUAGUGUAGAUAAUGAACUUAUCAGUUGGUUUAAUAAAUACAAAAUGAACCCACAUGCUGUUCUGCCUACCAAUAUGAAGCAAGGUCACACAUUGCUCGAUUCAAUGAAUAUUUCACACAUAUUAUAUACCAAGACAGUUAUCAUGAAGCAUAAUGGUACUAAAUAA